AUGAAGUUCACUGCCGUCACCGUCCUGGCCUCUCUUGCCGGCGCCCUCGCCACCCCUGAGCAGCAGCAGCAGGUCCAGGCGCUGGACCGCCGCGGCGGCGGCGGGAUCUGCAACGGACUGUUCAGCACCCCGGCGUGCUGCGACAAGCAAGUGGACAUCUUUGACAAGAUUGCGGUCGGCAUAGACUGCGCCGGAGGUUCGUCUGAGCUUUUACUUUUUCCCCUCCCGUCGUUGAGAUGGCAUGAUAGGCCCAUGAGCCGUCGACUUGCCCUUAUUACAUAUAUAUAUGCGUGUGUAUAA